UUAGGCUCUGAAAACCGUGGAAGGGAGGAGCGCUGUCAACUUGUCUGAAGAUGUGGGUCCUAUCCUGCGCUACACCUGCUUAUCCUACGCACUCUCUCAAAUCUCCAAUACCCAAAUGUACAGCAAUUCGUUCAAGCUUUACUUAUGAACACCCUUUUGUCCCAGAGGUUGCAAAAGCUGCAGAGUCUUUGUACUUGGAAUUCAGAGCCGUGGAUAAUUUGGUAGCUUGCAAUUCCUCACGUGUUCUCAAAGCUUUUCAAAAUAGUAGGGUUGGAUCUCAUCACUUUGCUGGGUGCACUGGCUACGGUCAUGAUGAAGCCGGGGGACGAGAAGCACUUGAUAAAGCAUUUGCAGAAAUUGUUGGAGCUGAGUCAGCAAUAGUGCGUUCCCAGUUCUUCUCAGGUACUCAUGCUAUCACUUGUGCACUAUUUGCUUUUCUAAGGCCUGGGGAUGAGCUUUUGGCAGUGGCUGGUGCUCCUUAUGAUACCUUAGAGGAAGUUAUUGGAAAGAGGGAUUCCAAUGGACUGGGCUCCCUGAAAGAUUUUGGAGUGAUGUAUCGUGAACUUCCUCUUGCUGAAGAUGGUGGACUUGACUGGGUUGCACUCACAGGUGCUUUGAGACCUCAUACAAAAUGUGCACUCAUACAGAGGUCAUGUGGUUAUUCAUGGCGUAGGAGUUUAAGUGUGAAUGAGAUAGGGAGGGCAAUAAAGAUUAUCAAGAUGCAGAAUCCUAACUGCUUGGUCAUGGUGGAUAAUUGCUAUGGUGAAUUUGUGGAAAGCAUUGAACCUCCAAUGGUGGGUGCAGAUUUGAGUGCAGGAAGUUUGAUAAAGAAUCCCGGAGGAACUGUUGCACCAUGUGGUGGAUACAUUGCAGGGAGGAAAAAAUGGGUUGAUGCUGCAGCGGCUCGUCUAUCAGCACCAGGCCUGGGGGUUGACUGUGGCUCAACCCCUGGUGAUAUUAUGCGAGCCUUUUUCCAGGGUUUGUUCCUUGCACCACAAAUGGUUGGUGAGGCAAUCAAGGGAACCUUUCUGGUUGCUGAAGUUAUGGCAUCUGAAGGGUUUAAUGUGCAGCCUUUUCCUCAUGUCCCCCGCCAUGAUACCGUACAGGCAGUGCAGCUUGGAAGCCGUGAACUUCUCGUUGCUUUCUGUGAAGCUGUGCAAAAAAGCUCUCCUGUAGGUUCAUUCACUAAACCAGUUGCUGGUACAACUCCAGGAUAUGCAUCAGAGGUUAUUUUUGCUGAUGGAACCUUCAUUGAUGGGAGUACAAGUGAACUGUCAUGUGAUGGACCAUUAAGAGAACCAUAUGUCGUGUAUUGCCAGGGUGGUACACACUGGACUCAAUGGGGAUUAGUUCUGGGUGAUGUUCUAAAAUCUCUCUGAUAUGAAAUCUAAUUUUGAGCAAUUAGGAGGAGGCAGAAGUGUUUCAUUGAUAUUCAUCAAAGGGCAUAUACUUUUUAUAUCUGGCAUCGGAGUUUAUACAUUUGCAGUGUUAUUAGGAGAGUUUCUUGUCAAACUCUGCUUAAACGUAGAUCAAAGCUUGAUCAGUCUCUAACUUCUGAGGUAUAACAACAUUCGUUUCAUUUUUCACCAUUCUACCUUGCCAUAUGGAAACCUUUCUAAACAUUUUUAGUAAGAACUGCUAUCCUUUGAGUUGAUUUCAUGAUAGUCUCAUGAAAACACUCAUCUAGCUUUUCUGAUUAGGUUUAUGGCUCACUAUGAGCCCGAAUAUCUGAAUGAAACGCAGGGGGAAACAGAACUUUUGGAUGCCACAUCAGGAGACAGGAUGCUGGACCAACUUUAAACGUUCACUUCGAUGUCCAUGUAUGUUUGGUUACUUGAAAACAGUGAAUGUGAAAUUAGAUACUAUAAAUCGGGAUUAAAUUCAAUAUUUACUUGAAAUGAUUUAAUCUCGAACAAUUA